AUCACGGGGCAGAUAGUGACUUGUUGGCCGAUUAAUUGCAUCUUGAGGAGUGAUCCGGCUCAUCCAUUCAUUGCUUUCCAACAGGACGGCUCCGGGUGGGAAAAGGGCUGGCAGGCACGCCCACAGCCUGUGACACCUGGCCGGUCGUGAUCAAGCUGUCAAGGCGCGCGGAGCGGAGCACAUUCCUCCCCAAACGCCUUCUGAUCCAUCACCCACUGCUGCCAAUGUGCCAUGAAAUGACACAGAUCUCAGGCGGGGAUGGGAAACAUCUUCAAAAAUAGUAUUUGAGCGACACAGGAUGAAACCGAACUGGAAGAGUUGCUUCAGCCCUCUCUCCUCCUUCCUCCGCCUCUCCCUCAUUUCUCAGAGUAGCAGCGCUGGCACAGCAUCGCUCAGCGCGCAAACCCCGUGAGCUGCGGUAUCUGCAUAUGCGCACCUCGUUACUCAGAUCCCCGGGGCCGCUCCGCUCAAGCCGGUAGGCGUGAGUCAACAGAACCAGGCUGCACGGCAUGAGCCAAAACCAUAGCGGUGGAUAAACGAGAUCUGGACUUAUUCAGAGUACCACAAGAGGGGAUAGUUCUUUUUGGGGGAGAAAAAAAAGAAGAAGUCCUGAACAGCUCCAAGAAGAAACGGGACAUCUGUGAAGAAACGGCGCGCAGAGGGGCCACAGCGAGCAAAAAAGAGGAGAUUUUUACGCACAGCAGCACCAAGAAACGCGGCUGUCCCCCCUCUCCGUGCGCUAAACUCAGUCUCCUCGUCUGCCACUCGGAUUGUCAUUUCACCAAGUCUGCAUCCUGAAAGGUCGACAGGAAUGGAAUCUCUGAUUAUAGCGGCGCUGGCUCUGUGCUCUCUAACAGCACCAGCCUGUGGGGACAAAGGCACCAGCAAAGCCCGGAGUUGCUCGGACCUCCGUCAGUUUUACGGUGGGAAGGGGUACUCUGUGGAUAAAGUCCCUCUGUCCGAAAUAUCAGGAGAACACCUGCACAUCUGUCCUCAGGGUUACACCUGCUGCACUGUUGAAAUGGAGGGCAACCUGGCAUCACUGAGCUGUAAGGAGAUGGAGGGAUUACUCAAAGAUGCUGGUCGCGCCUUGCAGACCUCACUCCUUGGACAGCACAAAGCCUUUGAUGGUUUCUUCUUGGACUUGCUGAAUCGUUCCAUGGCAAGGCUGCAGAGGAGCUUUGCUUCAACCAGGAGUCUACUGCACCUGAUGAAUUCUCAGGUCUUCUCUGACCUGUACAAUGAUUUGAGCGGCUACUGCCGAGGUACCAGCAUCAACCUGGAAGAAGUCCUAAACGAAUUCUGGGCCAAGCUACUGGAGAAGCUCGUCUACCAGAAAAACAAGCAGAUUUCAUUAGGUGAAGACUACCUGGAGUGUGUGUCAAAGCAGAUAGAGACGAUAAGGCCUUUUGGAGAAUCCCCCCAUAAAACGUCUGUACUAGUCACUCGCACAUUCCUGGCAGCACGCUCAUUUCUACAGGGACUGAUGAAGAGUGCAGAGGUGGUUCGCAAAGUGUCUCAGGUGCCACUGAGCCCAGCGUGCAUGCGAGCCAUGAUGAGAAUGACUUACUGCCCACACUGCCGGGGCAUUCCCUCUGCUAGACCCUGUGCCAAUUACUGCAGCAACGUCAUGAAAGGAUGUCUAGCCAACCAAGCUGACCUCAACACUGAGUGGAAGCACCUAGUAGACACGAUGGUUAACGUAGCUGAGAACCGUCUGAUUAACAUGGAUCAGAUAAUCCUGUCUCUCCCAGAUCAUAUUUUGGAGGCCAUUUCUACCAUGAUGGAGAAAAUUGAUACCAUCAAUGCUAAGUUGUCUCUGGCAUGCGGGGAAGUAGGACCAAUCAGCACAGAAGCUGAGGAGGUCAGAACUGCAGGAAGGGUCACAGUGGAAGACACGGUGGGAGACCCUUCUAAAAACAUGGAAAAGUUGGUGUCUGACGUGACGACGAGGCUGAGAGGCAUGCAGUCACACUGGGUUUCCCUCCCGAACAUCCUUUGCAGUGACAGAGCCGCCUAUGGAGCCGGAGCUGAGGACAAGUGUUGGAACGGCAUAAAUCGUGCAAGGUAUCUGCCAGAAGUGAUGGGUGACGGUCUUGCCAAUCAGAUCAGCAAUCCAGAAGUGGAAAUCGACAUCACCAAACCAGACAUGACAAUUCGCCAACAAAUAAUGCAGCUGAAGAUCACGAGUAACCGUCUGAAAAACGCGCUCAAUGGCUUCGACGUUGACUUUCAGGACACUAGUGAUGAUCCCAGUGGUUCAGGAAGCGGCUCAUGCACAGAUCCGUCAUGUUCCCAGAGCCCAGGACUCAUUGCCACCAGUACAGGCGGACCUGUAUUCUACCCUUACCCUCCAGAAAACAAGAAGGUGACAGGCUCGGCCCAGCAGAAUGUCCCAUCCAUCAUUAUCUUCCUGCUUUCACUGUUCAUUUUGCUGCUGCGGCGGUAAUUAAUGGAAAAAAAAAACAUUCUUACUUGGACUGAGUUUAAUACAUGGGGUUUGGUGAGAGCUUAAAGGGGGAGGGAGGAGAAGAUGUGGGUCAGUUACAUUGCCAAAAGUGAGUUUAAAGAAACAACAAUUAAGCAAAAUGUCUUUGAUGGACUUCCCUUGGCUUUGGAUUAAAAAAAAAACACACAAAUUAGGGCAAUGAGAGUUCAUCUGAGCUUUUGUUCAGCUUAUGUCCUUUCGAUCUCACUGUUAUGAUACUGUUCUCCUUGCAUCCUUUAAUGUUUUGUCGCUGGUGUCUGAGAUUGUUCUUGAUCCAUACAGCUAAAAGUACGCUGGGAAUGACACGCCAGAGAAAAGAAGACUGGAGCUUUGCAAUACAGCUCUGACGUGUGUCGGAAUGCCACUUUUUUGAUAGAUUUAUUUAUUUAAUAAUAUUAGCAUUUGACCCCCUGAUUGGUUUAUUGAUACAGAUAUUUUUAUAGGCAAAAUACACAAACUAGAAAGCUGAAAUGAAGGGAUGGAAAGGUGACUUUUAAAGACAAACGUUCUGUACAGCAUCCCCCAUCCUAGAUCUCUUACUGCAUUAAGUGUCACAGUAUCAUUACGCAUAAACACCCUUUUCCUUUUUUGAUGCGAGGAUGAGAGCACUCAGCAUAAGCACUUUCAACCAUUUAAUCACAUAAGCUGUAAUAAAAGCCAUGAUCGCACUCAUACAGACAUGAUCAUCAGGAGUGGUGUGUCCUGUCCUCCACUACAUCCAUCCAUCACGCCUCCCCCCCCUGCAACAUGUGUGUUCAUGCAUGUCACACGUGGAAUGAAGGUUCUGGUUACAGAUUGCUCUCACUUCUGUCAAAACAGAAAGAAAAAACAAAACAAAAAAAAAAAACAAAAAAAACAACUGUACUUUUUGCAACGGUCCACAAAUACUCGCAACAUUUCAAAAAUAUAUUUACUACUCAAAAAUGUCAAUACUCAGUGUUAUUUUUUACCAACAAUACAAUAUCAAUUUUUUUCCACAUAAAAACAAACAGGCUUGUGUUUCUUUUAUGUAAAAAUAUCCAAGUAGACACCUGCUUUUUUUGUUUUUGUUAUAGACACUUUAUUGUACCGUUUCAUAUAUUUCUGUUUUGAUCUGUCAGAGUAUCCACAUCUGCCUUCUCAUUGCAACUUCUCUGUGAGUGCCUCUUUGUUCCCGCCCCAGCUUCCCCACCUACUCAUCAGCUCUAGUGACCUUUAGAGUGUUCCUUGUGCUUCUACAUGAUGGCAAGACAGUGUGACGCCGACAGAAUGCUUCAUUAAGCGACAGCUUCCCAUGGAAUGUGUUGGAAACACGGUGUAUUACCUUUCUUGAUGAAACGCUUGGCUCGGUAGAGAUCCUGUUCAACAUUUAAAUCCAAAGCUUUAUGAACGCCGUGCACAGGAUGACGAGACAUUACUUGCAUGUAUGCUGGUGUAUGAAUCUGUGCACGACUAGAUGUACCUGUCUGUGUCUGAUAGACUUUAAAGAAUGGGGUCUUAGAUGUCUUUACUUUUACAUGGGACGGAAAAGAAAUUUGUAUUGGACUAAGAUUAAAGAAAUAACAAACUGGCACAAUAGGGGAUUAAUAUAGCUCAAAACAUGUGUUUCAGCCUACUACUGUAAUCUGUACUGACGAUAUCUGUGCUGUCAGAACUGCACAUGACAGUGAGGACUUUGGACGACUCAAGUGGAUGUGAAGCUGUCACGGCUUCAAUUACUCCCUGGGACAAUCCACAAGAAUCCAUAUUGUGAAAAAUAUGAUAUAUGCAUCAGCAGUGGAGAAAUCCACUGGACUCUCGAUUUCAACACCAUUUGAAUUCCGUCAGUUCUGAGAAAUGCAUUUUUUAUUAAUAAAAAAAACACCUGGUUAGCUCCUCUGCAUAUGUAUGUGUAAAACGACAGGUGUUUUGAAAUGGUACUUCAUUUUAUUGAUAUCAUAUAGUAAUGAAUGACUUGUUGCUGUGUGUAUGUGUUUAUUUGUCUGUGCUCCUAUAGACAGACGUCUGAGUCCCUGGUUAAAAAAAAAUCUGCCUGUGACUGCCUUUGACUUUUGGGGUCAAUUUUGAGAUUACAAGGGAGCAUUGUUGUGGUGUUAGCUGUUGUGACGUGAGUCAAACACAUUUCAAAAAAAAAAAAAAAAGAAUAAGAAUCAAUAGCAAGCACACCAUGUGUGGCCUCUUUUCACAGCCCUUGAAUAAAAAAGUUGACCAUAAGAGUAGAAGUACAUAUCUGCGCACAGGAAGAAUCAAAACUCGAAUGGUUACAUUCCAGCUUAACUUUCGACUCACAACUUUGGUUUCAAUGACUGCCUCGUUAUGUCAUCGGCUUAAAUUUGCACAAUCCUCCCCCCUCUGCUUUCCCUUUAUGAUCUCAUUAAUUUUGUUUCAUAACAUCUUGCUCCCUUCCCUUCUUUAAAACCUGCACUUUUGAGGCCUCUAAAUGGCAUCGUCGGCUCAAAGACACCCCCAAGAUGGCCGAUCAAUACCAGAGUAAACAAAUCUGCGAGACGACUAUUGAUUGGUGAAUGCAUGUAUGCAGAUAGAUGUGGCCUAGCAAGCCUCCUGAUAAACAGUGGUGAGAUUGAGUCAACAUGAAGAAGUCCUUGAUCAUAACGUGAUCUCAGAUUAGCUUGUGCCUCAAUCCGGCCCUGCAAAUGCAAAACCCUGUUUGGCUGCCAUAGAAAACGAGCUUUGCUCUAAGUGAAGAAUUGGAGGCAUUUCUAAAGGUGCCAGCUAAUAUGGGAAAUAUUUUCUAUUUGUCCUCAUGUUGAUUUCCUUAUGUUAUCAGAAAUACUUGGAGCGAUUGUUCUAAUGGUGAAUUAGAUGCCACAGAGGUAGAGAAUUAUCUAAAAAUGUCUCAUUUGCCGUUGUACCUGAAAUCUUGUGUCAAUUAUAUACAUUGUAAGAUUUUCAACA